UCAACAAUGAAUUUCCCUCAAAAGAAAAAAAAUCGACAAUGGAAAACGACAUUAUCGUUGCCCAGGGCGCCAUUUGCUGCCGGAAGUAAGAACCUCAUUCUGUCCCUCUCUGAGGAGUGAGAAGUAUUCCCAAUUUCCAGCUGCUAAGUUCCUCGCCCGGGCCUCCCAUGGCUACAAAAACACUGCUCUCUGCACAAAUCCUUCUCCUUACAUCACUACUCUUCCUGGUAUCAGGACAUGAAAUUGUGAAUUCAGAGGAGCACCCUUUGGUAGUGAGUACAUGGCCAUUCGUGGAGGCUGUUAGAGCUGCUUGGCGGGCUGUUGAUGGUGGAUUUUCAGCUGUGGAUGCUGUCGUUGAAGGUUGUUCUGCUUGUGAGGAACUCAGGUGCGAUGGUACUGUUGGGCCUGGUGGAAGUCCAGAUGAGAAUGGAGAAACUACAAUUGAUGCUUUGGUCAUGGAUGGGGAAACAAUGGAGGUUGGAGCUGUUGCAGCUAUGAGAUACGUGAAGGAUGGAAUAAAAGCUGCUAGGUUAGUUAUGCAACAUACUGGACACACUUUGCUUGUUGGAGAGAAAGCAUCUGCUUUUGCGAUUUCAAUGGGACUUCCGGGACCAACAAACCUUAGCUCAACAGAAUCUAUUGAGAAGUGGAUCAAAUGGAAGCAAAAUCGUUGCCAACCUAAUUUUUGGAAAAAUGUUGUACCUGCAAACAGUUGUGGCCCUUAUCAUGGGAAGAAGGACUUUCUUAAACUUAGUCACAGGACAUGUUCUGAAGCCUCUCGUCUGCUGGAAGAUUUCAAAUCAAGUUUGCCCCAAGUUGGUGUUAACAAUCACGAUACCAUAUCAAUGGCGGUUAUUGAUAAAUUGGGGCAUAUUGCUGUUGGUACAUCAACUAAUGGUGCUACGUUCAAAAUUCCUGGGAGGGUGGGAGAUGGACCGAUUCCAGGAUCUUCAUCCUAUGCUGAUGAUGAAGUUGGGGCCUGCGGUGCAACAGGGGAUGGGGAUAUUAUGAUGCGUUUUCUUCCAUGUUAUCAAGUAGUGGAGAGUAUGAGAUUAGGGAUGGAGCCUAAGCUUGCAGCUAAAGAUGCCAUAAGACGAAUUGCAAGAAAGUUUCCAGAUUUCGUUGGAGCUGUCUUUGCCUUGAACAAGAAUGGUGUCCACGCAGCAGCCUGCUAUGGAUGGACAUUCCAAUACUCAGUCAGGAGCCCAGAGAUGGAUGAUGUGAAGGUUUUCACAGUGUAUCCGGACUCUGCCAUUAAUAAUAAAUGAUUUUCUUCAGCUGAAUUAGUGUUCAUUAGUUCCUUUCAUGUAUGGAGGCUAUUGACUAGUGGUUGAACUGUAAUUUUUCUUUUUAUUAUUAAGAUUUCUUUCAAGUGUUUGAGAGCUUUUCAGCCA